AUGGACACCGCCGUUUCCUCGCGGGCCGUGCUUGCGGCUCUCAAAGAAUCGCCGCCGCCGGACUUGACGGACCUCACCUCCGUCUUUUUCGCCAUUCACCUCGUCGGCGGCCACAUUGGGCUGCCCCUCCUCGUCGUCACCUUCCUGUUCUCCAAGACUGCGAAAAGGCACCCGACGAUCAUCAACUUUUGUGUUACCUGGAUAAUUUAUUCUGUCAUUUACUGCUUGAUGGCGGUUGUCGCUGGUUUGGCCGUGGUGCUCCAGAUCUGGACAACGUUCCUUGAGCCAUGGAAGGAGGCCCGACUGGCGAGCGUCCCUCGAUGGAUCAAACUCGUUGCUAUCAUCGUCCCCCCAUACCUCACGUUCAUUGCAUUCUCGGUCUCCGCCGCAUAUUAUGGAAGCACGCACCCUGAGUGGGUCGGUGUUAAGAACGGGCUCUAUUGCGGUCUCCUGCAUGGCAACUUUGAGAUGUUUGCCGUGCCUGUAUUUUGUAGCGUCUUCCUGCUCUCAUCAUCGGUUUCGAUGGCGACGAUUGCUGCAUGGUAUCGUGGCCGCGCGAACAUCAUCAAGGAUUUCCCGUUGGCAGAUCGUCGCAAGCCGUCCUUGUCCCCGUGGUGCAGGGCUGCUCUCUUCCUCAUAUAUGCUGCUUUGACCUUAGCGGCAUGCAUCAUGGACCUCAAACAAGAUAUGAAUGUGCUCGGCUACAUGGUACAAGCCGCUCUUCCGCUCGCUGCCUUCCUCAUCUUCGGUUUCCAGAAGCUCUGGCUGGUGCUCGAUCUCGACGUCCAACUCCCGCAUUUCAGUGAUUUCCAUGGAGUCGACACGCCCAUCGCCACGCACCCAACGGACUCCAUCGUGUGA